AUGAUAUUACAAAAGACGAUUUUUAAAUGUCUUAGAAAAAACGUUAGAUGGGGUUCGACUCAAACAAAUUUAUCAUCUCUUUAUAAAGACGUUUUUAAAGAUUUUGAUAAUUACGUACCGAAGAUAAUUGAUGAUGGAUUAGCUAAUGCCACGUUUAUAAAGUCGGCAGCUGUAAAAUCAAGAAUAAAAGAGGUUUCAGAAUAUUAUUUAAUUGGACGAAGACCAGUACAAGGAGAAUUUAUGGCGUUUGCAUACGAUACACUUGAAAAUCCCGAAGUGAUUAGUGAAGAGCUGCUUAAAAAAAUGCAAGUAAUAACAUGCACAGUCGAAAUGGUGCAAACAUAUUUCUUUUUUUGGGAUGAUUUUGAAGAUAGAUGUAAAACACGUUGCGGAAAGCUAUGUUGGCAUUUACGUCCAGACACUGGGUCACUAGCGUUAAUCGACGCCUGUAUCAUGAGAAGCUUUAUAAAUGAAUUAAUUAGACAAAAUUUCACGGCUGAACUACGUGACAAUAUUUUACGCAUAUAUAAUGGAGUUUAUUUCAAUGGUUCUAUAGGACAAUACUUAGAUACAAUUGCGGCCAGAUCAAAUAAUUACGAUAACUUUACACUUGCACAAUAUAACACUACAAAUGAAAUGAAAUCAUCGUUUUACGCGAUCAAAUCACCAAUUUUACUAGGAUUAGCACUUGCUAAUAAGUUCAAUGAGGAGUCCUACAAUCUCGUGGAUAACAUUUGUGAAGAUAUUGGCAUAUUGGUACAAAUUCAUAACGAUGUAAUCGAUGUUCUUAACAUAGACGGAUCAGUGACCGGUAAGAAUGCCACAGAUAUACAGGAAAGAAAAUGUUCUUGGGUAGCUGUUACUGUUUUAGAAAAAUGUAAUACAGAACAAAGGCGCAUUUUCGAAGAGAAUUACGGCAGCUGGGAUCCGAAGAAAAUAGACCGCAUUCGCAAAAUAUACGAAGAGUUUGAUGUACUACAAAUGUAUAGGCAAGAAGAAAAAGCGCGAUAUGAAAAGUUCCUUAAAAAAGUAAACGCUUUGCCUAAAAAUGCAACACCAUCUGCUGAGUUCUUCUAUAAGUUUUAUGAUUUAUUGAAAACCUUCACGCGGGAUACCACAAAUUUUAUGUACAUCAAACAUUAA